AUGUCAGUGCUAUCUAAGGAAAAUAGUUGGAUCAAUCUGGAAAAGCUAAGGAAGAGUUUUGAAGAUGCUAUAAGGACGAUCUUGAUCACCUUGCACUGCCUACAUUUUGUGAAAAAGAAUCCAGAAUCAUCUGGGAAAGCUUUGUGGGAUCAUCUAUCUAAAAUCUUCAGCUCAUACGAGGCUAAGCCUUCUCAGUCUGACCUGGUGGAUCACACGGAUUUAAUAAGUGAAGCUGUUCAAAGGGAUGAAGCUUUGGCGAAAUCCAAGUUUUUAGGCACAAUUCUGGAGGAGAAGCCUAGAAAGAGGAAAUCUUUUGACGAGGCUGUGGGACCCGUAGUUAAGUCUGGGUUUACAGUUGAUAAUGAUAUGAUUGAUGAAAUUGAAGAAGAUGGGUCCUAUGAUGAGGAAGGUUUGUUUGAUUAUGUCUGCACGUUUUGUGAUAAUGGUGGUGAACUUUUGUGCUGCGAAGGGAGGUGCUUGAGAUCGUUUCAUGCAACUAAAGAAGCUGGAUCUGAUUCAAUGUGCCAAUCUCUUGGUUUUUCUGAUGAGCAAGUAGAAGCAAUUCAGAAUUUUUUUUGUGAGAAUUGUCAAUAUAAACAACAUCAGUGCUUUUCUUGCGGGGGUUUGGGGUCAUCUGAUAAAUCAUCUGGUGCUAAGGUCAAGGAAGCAAGACUUGUAGGGUCUGCUGGGCUAACCAUAACAGUCAUUGUGGAGCAUAUAAUUCAUAAUAAGUCAUUGAGAUUGAUUGCUUUUGAAGAUAUAGAAGAAGAGGGCACCACGCAAAGGGCAUGGGAAGGUCUUAUCCCAAAUCGUAUAUUGAUAUAUUGCUUAAAACAUGAGAUUGAUGAUGAACUUGUGACUCCUAUGAGAAACCACAUAAAAUUCCCAUGGAAUGCCCAAAGAGAGAAAAACCAAGCAUCAGAAUUGCAGUCCAGCAGAGAGAAAGUUGCACCAAAGCGGAGAAGUCUGGUCUUAGAGGAAGAUUUUAGGAAGAGAACUGUUGUAAAAACACAAAAGGGUUUUGAAAAGUUAUCUUCAGCUAUAAAGCAGGGUGAUUCUUUAAAAGAGAGUAAGGGAAUAUUGUAUGGAUCCAAUUCCUUGUGGAGGCAUAAGGUAAUGGAUACUUCCAGAAAGACUUUGAACAAGACUUCCUUGGUGAAAGUCAACAAGUCCAACACCGCUGAAAGCAGGACCUCUUUAGGGAAAAGGUUAUAUGACCUGAAUAGUAAGGAUUUCGAGGCAGGCAAAUCAAGGAAGGAUGGCAUAACAGAUAGUGUACUUGAACAAACUCAGACCGUUAAUCUUCUUGCAAAGGAAGCGAGCAGAUCGCCACCUUUAGAUGCUGAUGCAAAGAGGAGGUGGCACAUUGAUUUUUACUACUACAAUGCUGCAUCUUCAAUAACACUGGAGGAGGUCAUAGAAAAGCACAAAGUGCCAACAACACAUGCAUCAUCAAAAACUGGUAUAGACAAGACAAUAAACUUGGGGAAGGUGGAGGGUUCUAUUGAGGCUCUUCGUGCCGCUUUACAUAAGCUUGAAGAAGGGUGCAGUAUUGAAGAUGCAAAACCUGCUUGUGAGCCGGGGCUUCUUUACCAGAUAAUGAGGUGGAAGCUAAUUGUCAAUUCAUCACCAGUAAGGUGGACCUUUCUUCGAGCAAUCCUGGAGAAUUCUGUUGUUCCAUCACGGAAGGAGCAAAAUUCAUCUAACAAGCUAAAAGUGUAUCUGGCCCCGUUUCUACAUGGCAUGCGCUACACGUCCUUUGGUCGCCAUUUUACAAAAGUGGACAAGCUACAAGAGAUUAUGACUAAGGGAGAUUACAAUAAUGAUUAUGAUCAGCGAGAGAAGGAGAGUCAGAGGUGGUGCUGCAGCGUACCACCUUUCACUGUUUCUCCUUUACAUGGAGAGUGGUGGAACCUUGUCUUUCUGAUUUUCCUAUGUUUGAUUUGGAUUGUUGAUUUUUGUUGCGGUUCGAACGACUUCAGUUGCAUUAUGAAAGAGAAGCUUGAUGAGAUGGGGAAGCAUUGCUCAUACAAAAAUUAUGAUAUUUUACAAGCAAAGCAUGAUUUCAACUUUGAGAAGAGGGACUGGAUGAGCGUCCAUCCAAAGGAGUUGCCGACAGGGUCACAACUGAUCAUGGGGUUGAACCCUCCUUUUGGAGUAAAUGCCCGCCUUGCAAACAAGUUGAUUAACAAAGCGCUUGAGUUUAAGCCAAAGCUUCUUGUCCUUACAGUUCCCCGCGAGACAGAAAG